AUGGCCAGGACGGCGACAGGAUCCAUACUGCUGACGCUUCUCAUCUUUUCCGUCAUCUCCUGCAUGGUCUUCCCCAUGUCCCCUCUGACAAAGACUUCGCUGGCCGCUCUGACCUUGGCUAGCACUGCUUGCGCCGGCUCCAUUGCAGAUAUCGAGCAUGUCGUCCUGCUGAUGCAAGAGAAUCGCGCCUUCGACCACUAUUUUGGGACACUUGCAGGUGUUCGCAACUUCAACGACCCAAACGUCAAAGUCAAUGGCGAUACUCCAGUUUGGGCCCAGAAUGUUGGUAAUCUGACCACCAAAGCGACAAGCUUGUUGCCUUGGUACUUGAACUACAUGGGCGGCUCUUCCUACGAGUCCACUCAGUGUAUGGAGGCUGGAUCAAACGGCUGGUCUGCAAACCAUGCCGCUCUGAAUGGCGAUGCCAACAACAAUUGGCCGGUUGGGAACACUCCUUGGUCCUGGGCUCACUUUGAACGAAGAGAUAUCCCAAAUCAUUUCGCCAUCGCCGAGGGCUUCACAGUCGGCGACAUGUAUAUGGAGAGCGUCAUCGCUUCCACCAACCCGAAUCGAGUCUCAUGGGUAUCUGGCACCAUCAACGUUCAACCUGGCUCUCCGGCCUCUCCAGACGCGGGCGGAGUGUACAUCGACAACAAUGAGACUCCAGGCUGCGAGGGUGACCAUCUGAACUGCUAUCCACUCAAAUGGAAGACGACUCCAGAGUAUCUGCAGGACAUGAAUGUCACCUGGCAAGUCUAUCAGGAUUCCGACAACUUCGACGACAACCCGCUGGCCUGGUUCCAGCAAUACCAGAAAGCGUCCAACUCCAGCCAGCUUGCCAAGCGCGGCCUGGCUUAUAAUGGUCUUGAAAAGUUCUACGAGGACGCUGCGGCUGGCAAACUUCCUCAAGUGAGCUACAUUGUUGGUCCUGCAGAGCUGUCGGAACAUCAGCCGUACCAGCCCAGAGACGGCGCCUGGCUCCAGCAGAAGAUCGUCGAUGUCGUCACCCAAUCUCCAUCAUACAAGAACACCGUUCUCAUGAUCUCUUACGAUGAAAGCGGCGGCUGGGGCGACCACGUCGUCCCGAUCCACUCCCCGAACGGCACCGCAGGCGAAUGGAUGCAAGACCCUUACGGCCAAUACGGCUAUACAUAUAGUGGACCCGGCUUCCGUCUUCCGUUCUACAUCAUAUCUCCGUGGACGCGCGGUGGAAGCGUCUAUGUCGAACCCGCGGACCACAGCUCUCAGAUCCUCUUCCUGGAGAAAUGGCUCGCAGCCAAAGGAAAGAACUUCACCUCCGCCGAGAUGAACCCCUGGAGACGACGAAACAUGGCCGAUCUGACCAAUGCUUUUGAUUUCGAGCACCCAGACUACAGCAUCCCCCAGAUGCCCAACGCUUCUUACCCUUCUACAGACUCCAAGGGUAACUGGAACGGCUACUCCGUCUGCCAAGCGACCUACGGCGACAACCCCCGCCCCGUCGUUCCCUACGGCGCGCAGAAUGAAUCCACCGCCCUCGCCACCGAGCAGGGCUUCAAAUCCAUGCGCGGAAACCCCACGGAAGGCCGCUACCUCACGUUCGAAAUGAACGGAUACGCACUCACCCACAACGCCAACGGCUCUCUGACCGCAAGUCCCAGCACGGCGAAACAUGACAGCAAGACGCAGCGUUUCAUUCUUCUCCAGGGCUCCGCAUCGACAUCAUCCUUCGCCAUCAUCUCUGCCGUGGACGGUCGGGCGAUCAAUUCUGCCGGCGAUGGGUUUCGGAAUUCCGGCGGGAGUUGGCAGGGGAAGUACUUUCGGGGUGGUGAUGAGGCGGCGGCGGUUGAGAGCUAUACGAUUCGCGAUCUUGGGAUGGGGAGGGGGUAUUCGAUCCAGAAUUGCAAUGGAGAGUAUCUCUCUGUGGAUCUGGAGGGACGGGUGCAGAGUCGUCGAGCAGCCGGUGCGUUUGGGAUUUUUAGUGUGAGUUAUGACAGUUAG